AUGGCUCUUUUAAAACUUAAACUAGGAUUCCUAGCUCCGUGGACAAACACUGAAAUAGUGAACGAUUUUAGUGGCGCGACAAGUGCAGGGGCCAUAAACAUCGCCAUUGAUAGAAUUAAGGAGAUGGAUCUAGUCGAAGAUCUCGAAUUCGAAAUUGUAACUCGUGAUUCGUCAUGUGACAGCAAACAGGCUGCCGGGUACACAGUCGAUAUGCACCUCAAAGAGCACGUUGACGUAAUCAUUGGGCCACCAUGCUCGUCUGCCUGUAUGAUAUCUGGACAGUUGGCAGCAUUUUGGAACAUUCCAAUCAUAUCAUGGGUAGCUACAUCACCAGACUUCGAUGAUAAAAACAUCUACAGCACCCUCGGACGUUCACUCGGACCAUUCACUAAACUUGGGAUGUUUCUGAUGGAAAUAAUGGCUAGCUAUAAUUGGAAUCGUGCUGUCAUUGUAUAUUCUACAUUUUUAUUGUACGGGGAUGCUGGUAAAGCAAUUGAGAAGACAUUCAAUGACAACAAUGUGACUUUGUCGUACGUUGCAAUAUACAACAGUAAUCCCACUAGGAAGAAAAUUCAAUCAAUACUUCGAAAAAUUAAGAGAGAAGGGAGAAUCAUUGUCGUCUGCGUGCCGCAAGAAGAUCGCCGAAUGUUAUUACUGGAAGCCUAUGAUAUGGGGAUGACAAAAGGUGACUAUGUAUUCUACACUGUUGAGAUGUUACCAGGUGACGACGUCAUCACUGCACAAGAAACCUACCUUGGCAUUGACCGAAACGAGGAAGCUCGAGAGGCAUUUGAAGCAGUAUUUCAUAUGUCACUUGCAGCACUGACAGGAGCAGAUGUCGACAUGUUCACGAAAGAAGUUGCCAGACGUGCACAGGAUCCUCCAUGGGGGCUUACAUUACCGGCAGGAAUACAGGGCGAUAAAUAUUCAGCGUUUCUUUAUGACGCCAUUAUUCUUUAUGCACUGGCACUCAAUGAUUCUUUAUCCAAGGGAAAGGAUCAUACAAACGGAGUAGAUCUCCUUCAAUCAAUGUCAAAUAUGUUCUUUAAAGGUAUGACUGGAAUGGUCAUGACGGAUGCUUACGGUGACAGAGAACCAGAUUAUUGGAUUACUGAUUUACAGCCUAAUGGAGUUUUUGAGAAAAUAAGUGAAGUUGUUAAUUUAGAAGACGGUACUCGGGAAUUUCGACAACUGGGUGAGCCUCGUUGGCCAGGUGGAAAGGUAGGACACCAAUACGCACCGCCUGAUGUACCUGUGUGUGGAUUUAAUGGAGAAUUCUGUAAGGAAGAUGAUAAUGCCUAUAUUUACAUUGUAGGUUUUAGUGCAGGUGUCAUUAUCAUUGUCAUGGCAACGCUUCUAUUUGUCUGGUUAUACAGACGAAGUAAUUACGAAGCAGAUUUAUUGAACAUGAGAUGGAAAAUUCAUUUGGAAGAUCUGCACUUCACUGGAGGCGGAUCGCAGAAAAUGAAGUCAGGGAGCAUGGGUGGCGGUAGCGCCGGUAGUCACCCAAGUUUGAAUAGCGGCGGCGAUAUUUUGUCGAAGCAUUCUUCCAAUUUGUCUCAUAGUUUAGAUGGAAAGAGUUCAGCGCCGUCUAAUCGCACACUCCAAUACUUUGCCAAGACAGCUACUUAUAGAGGCGUGGUAGUUGCUUUGAAGAAAAUCAACAAAGAGCACUUGCAAAUCAACCGCAAUGUUCUCAUGGAAUUCAAUGACGUGAGGCAACUCAGCCACGAAAAUUUGAACCAGUUCAUUGGUGCCUGCGUAGAAUCUAAUACCAUCUUCCUGGGAUGGCAAUAUUGUGAUAGAGGCAGUAUUGUGGAUGUUCUUCAAAAUGAUGAAAUACGCCUUGAUGACGCAUUCAAGUUGUCUUUCAUAACAGACAUUGUCAAGGGUAUGGAGUAUCUACACAAGAGUCAACAUGGCGGUGGUUCCCAUGGCAACCUGAAAUCGUCAAACUGUUUAGUGGAUAAUCGUUGGGUUGUCAAGAUUACAGACUAUGGACUCCAGACAUUUUUCUCGGGGCAGACUGAGAACGAGAAUACUGACGACAAUGACAAGUUUUUACGUAAACUCUGGACAGCUCCGGAAAUCCUACGUAUGAAUUUUCCUCCAGCGUGUGGGACACAAAAAGGAGACGUCUACAGUUUUGCUGUGAUAAUAUUCGAGAUUUUGGAACGAACUGGACCUUACUGCUUCGACCAUAUAACACCAAGAGAUGUAGUAAAUCGUAUUCGUAAUGGCGAAAGCAGUCCUUAUCGACCAGUGAUAAUGCUACACAAUCCCGAUAGUUGCGAAUAUGGUCGUGAAUUGAUUAAUCUAAUGGUGAAAUGUUGGUCUGAAAAUGUAGAUAAUAGACCAUUGUUUCCCCGGAUUAGACUCGAAAUAAGAGCUUUGUGUAAAGGAAAAGAGAUCAGUAUCAUGGAUAACAUACUGAAUAUGAUGGAGAAAUAUGCCAACAACCUUGAAGAAAUUGUUGAACAACGAACUGGUCAAGUGUUAGAAGAAAAACAAAAGACAGAUCAACUAUUAUAUCGGAUGUUGCCAGUAACGGUGGCGGAAGCUCUGAAGCUUGGACAAAAUGUACCCCCUGAAGAUUACGAAUCGUGUACAAUAUACUUUUCAGACAUUGAUGGAUUUGCAGAAUUGUCUGCAGAAAGUUCUCCAAUACAGAUUGUUGAUUUUUUGAAUGACUUAUAUAGUUGUUUUGAUGAAAUCAUAGGAAACCAUGACGUGUAUAAGGUUGAAACCAUUGGUGAUGCUUAUAUGAUCGUAUCUGGCCUACCACAUCGAAAUGGUAACCGCCAUCUAACAGAAAUAGCCAAUUGUUCUUUGGAUCUGCUCAGCUCCGCCACCUCUUUUCAAAUACGUCAUCGCCCAAGCCAGAAACUGCAGUUGCGCAUAGGCUUACAUACGGGUCCUGUAGUGGCUGGUGUCGUGGGGUUGGUUAUGCCUCGAUAUUGUUUGUUCGGGGAUACAGUGAAUAUAACUUCACGAAUGGAGUCAACGGGAAAACCACUUCAUAUUCAUGUGAGCAAACAAUUGUAUACAUCCCUGAGAGACAUUAAUGAAGAAUAUCAUCUGGCGAGACGAGGAGAUAUAAAUGUUAAGGGCAAAGGAGUAGUGCCGACAUAUUACUUAUACGGAAAAGAUGGCUAUAAAAAGCCUCUGCCUAACCUUUCAAAUGCUAGCAAAUUGAGUGGAAAACCUAAUGGUGAACGGAUGCAUGCUGCUGAAGCAGGAGGCGAUUAUGAAAAAUCUUGA